UUUCACUGAUAAGCUAAAAUCGGAAAAGUGAAGCGUCUCUGCAUUAAAUUUCACUUAAAAAUGAGUUUCAACCAAAAAGUAGAACCCGCUUCAAGUGCCCCUGAAGUCACAAACAAGACAACUUGUCAAAUAAGUUUGGAACGCUUUCUGAUCGAGAACAAUUUGUAUCCGCCGCCAUUGAAUUUAUCAUCGAAUACCGCAGGCAUCACACCCGGCGGAAUGAUUUGGUCGAAUCAAGGAAUCCCGAAUCCGAUUUUGAUUCCGCGUCAAAACACCGCAAUUUCUGUUGAUCACGAAAUUCCCGCUGUUUUGAUCGAAAAGAAGGCAGGACGUUCCGUAACAUUUGCUCCAAAUCCGAUUUAUCAUCCGGCGCCUUCUCCGCCAGUUGCAAAUGGAAAUGCAGUGCCUUGCGAAAAUUGCCCCGCUUUGAUCCAUUUGAUGUUCAAUUAUUUUGUCGAGAUUGUCGGGGGACUUCAUGAGCCCAUUUCUCCGAGUACAUCGAGCGAAGAUUUGAUCAAACAUCUCUCGAAUGCCUUUUGUUACACUGUAAAUGACAUUCAAAAUGCAAUUCGUUGCACUGAACAUCCGUAUCGUUGUCGUUCGUGCUCGCCUGAAGCUGGAUUUGGAUCACGCACGGAGUUGUUUGAACACAUGCGAGUCGUUCAUGAGCCUCAAAAGGUUCCCUGUCCUCAAUGCAAUCGCAUGUUCAAGACCCCGAAAUUGGUACAAGCGCAUGUUCGUCGCAUGCACGAGCCUCGUCCCGUGAAACAAUUUCGCUGUAGCGUUCUUGGAUGCAACAAGGAGUACUUGAACAUCAAAACUUUCAAACGACACAUUGAACUUUUUCAUCCGGAUGUCACUUUGCACAUUAAUCCUGUACCGAAUGUUGGAUAUGUUUCUCCGUCAAAUCCUCAAGAUGAUAAUGACGAGCCUCCUGCUCUCAUUUUACACGGAAAUGUACAUGGAAAAGGACAAGGAAAGGCAAAAGGAGGCGUUUUCAACAAACAAGCCGCUCAACGUGAAAAACGCAACAAAACUAAACAAAUGAUGAAGACUCGCAGCAGCAAAUCUGUUUCUGAAUAAGAGUUUAAGAGACUGAACUACAAGAUUUUUUUUGAAGAUGAAAGACAGAAAAUUGUCUUUAAAGAUUCCUAACUUAACUAAUUGAUUUAAGAUGAAAUUGAAGUACUAAAGAAGAAAUUUAUCCCUAAAAAUUUGUAAAUUGAUGAUAAUUUAUGAACAAAAUUAAACUUAUUUUUUGAUAUUCUUAACAAAAAUUCGAAUUUUCAUG